CAAAAUCCAGAUUCGGUCCUCUUAAAUACAAAGUUGGCGUAUUAAAUGAAACCGCUUACAACCUUGAGUUCUCAUAAACCGAACGCUCGUAUCUUGGCGAAUAGCUGUAUUACUGUGACUUUACCAUUAUUGAGACGCAGGGAUUUUUUUCGAAAAAUCACAAUUUGUCACCUAUGCUGCCACCAAAGCGUGCCGCAUAAAAGCACAUGUCAAGUGCUGGCCUUGCAGCCACUUCUGUGUGAGGGUAUCUGCCUGCCAAAUGAAUAAUGUAGCCAAAUGUCCUGUGGGUUAUUUUUCCAGCCGCCGCCACCAUCCGCUGUCAUUCUUUAUGAAUAAUAGAUUUUUUGUGCCUUUUUUCCCCCCCAUCUCAUCCAGGGAGCCCUGAAGUAGCGCAGCGACCACUAUGGCGUGCGAGUGAGAGCUGAACCCCGUGCUGCCAGGACUGGGGCGAGUCACAGCGGAGGACAGCGGGAGAACGGGAAGCUCAGGAGGAAGAGUCUGCGUGAGGGGAGGUGGUGGUGAAGGUGAGGUGGAGGGACAGCUGCUCCACGGGACGGACGGCGCGGAUGAUAGACCCCGCCUGGCACCCCCGCCUUCGGCUGCCGCGGAGAUGGCUUCCAACUUCAACGACAUCGUCAAGCAGGGCUACGUCCGCAUGCGGAGCAGGAAACUAGGGAUCUACCGCCGCUGUUGGCUGGUGUUUAAGAAGUCGUCGAGCAAAGGGCCCCGGCGGUUGGAGAAGUACCCGGACGAGAAGUCUGCCUACAUCAGGGCCUGCCCCAAGGUGACCGAGAUCAGCAACGUGAAGAACGUGACGAGACUUCCGCGGGAAACCAAGCGGCAGGCGGUGGCCAUCGUCUUCUCGGACGACACCUCGCGCACCUUCACCUGUGACUCAGAGCUGGAAGCCGAGGAGUGGUACAAGACCCUGUCCAUCGAGUGCCUUGGAAACCGCCUCAACGACAUCAGCCUCGGGGAGCCGGACCUGCUGGCGGCGGGAGUGCAGUGCGAGCACACGGCAGAGCGCUUCAACGUGUUCCUGCUGCCUUGUCCCAACCUGGACAUCUAUGGGGAGUGCAUGAUGCAGAUAACGCACGAGAACAUCUACCUGUGGGACAUCCACAACCCCCGCACCAAGCUGGUCACGUGGCCGCUCUGCUCGCUACGUCGCUACGGCCGCGACGCUACGCGCUUUACCUUUGAGGCCGGCAGGAUGUGUGACAGCGGUGAGGGUCUCUACACCUUCCAGACCAGAGAGGGAGAGCAGAUCUAUCAGAGGGUCCACUCAGCCACACUGGCCAUUGCAGAGCAGCACAAGAAGGUCCUCAUGGAGAUGGAGAAAAACAGCAGGUUGCUGUCGAAGGGCUCAGAGGCAGGAUCAUACCCCUGCACGCCCACCGCCAUCCUGCCCCGCAGCGCCUUCUGGCACCACAUCACGGGCAACCAGGGGAGCCUGGACUCCACCAACGGUGACAUGUUCAGCAGCUCGCAGACGGAGCCCGACGCGGAUCUGCUUCCCUCUCGCCUCCCACCGGAACGCCACAGUGCGGUCGCCGUGAGCCGCAGCCGACAGCCCCCAGAACACUACCGCACCUACCCCAGCCAGUGAGGGGCACCGCACAUCCUCCACCUUCCCGUCCUGGUUUGUUUCUCCCCUGGCCUGGAUUCCAUUUCCCUCCCAUCAUGCCCCCCUACAGGGCCAGUGUGGGGAGAGGUACUUUGGGGGGGUGCGGUCCACGGGAAGCAGUCCGCCACCCAUGGAGCGAGCGCCCUUUGACCCUAGAUCUUCACCAAGAGUCCCCCACUCCUUCCCCAGGGGAUCCACCUCCCUGCAGCAGUUCUCAGCAAGAGAAGCAGGUCUAAGGAGGAUCUUGAGAAGAACUUGGGAGUCCCCUGGAGCUCCGUGCCGUCUAUUCUUCGGUUUUUUUUUUUUUCUUCGUCAAGGAGACGGUUUGAUUUUGACUCUCUUGUUUGUGUUGCUCUAUGCAUGGUCCCCUCAGCAAGAAACAACACAGCCGCUUGGAAGUGUGUGCGCACAAGUGUGUGUAGGUGUUCAAAGACUCCUCCACAUGCAGCCACCACGGACCAUGUGGCGUUUGUGAGGUUUCCUGAUCGGACCUGUAGACACCCGUAUCUCACUCGCUCUUCUUUAGGAAGGAAAUGAAACACCUGCCCAGAAGGCUGAUGGCCACCGCAGCUGUGGAGCAUGAACACAGCUGUGCCGCACACCCCUACUUGAGCCCCAAACCUUAAUGCAGCACACGUACGGCGUGCGUCGCAAGGGUGUCCUCGCUCCAAAAAAUGCACAACGUCUCACGGCGACGACUCCGGUCCGACUGAGCGCGCGUGCAGGACGCCGUGCGCGCCCAGUUCACCGAGGAACCGCCGUCUUCCUCGGGCGAGGGCGACGAGGAUGGACACGCACCAUCGAACAUCUUUUUUGUAGCCAACACAGCAAAAAGACGACUGGACUUUGCCUCGAAUUCUGUCCCCGUGCGGACGGAUGAGGGGAUGGACGUUGCGUUUGUCGCCAGAAGAAGCGCCUUAGGUCUCUUUGUUACUUCCGUCUUUAUCGUGCUGCUCUUUGUUAAGCCACAGAAACGAUUUCUGCGGGAAAUCCGUCCGUGAAUACUUUGUUGCGUCAUUCCUCUACGACUGGUUCCCCACGGUGUUUAAGGACAAAGGCUUCUGGUCACCCAGUGUAUAAAAAAAAAAGGCUCUUUUUUCUGGAAUGUCAAACCAAUAGCUACAAUGCUGUUGAGUGUAGUUCAAAAACGACUUGGAGAGAAACCCCGAGACUGAAUAAGGCAGACACAGUAGAGUGCAGCUUCAAAUGUUUGUACUCGUUCUCCUGAAAAAU